CAAAUGGCGAGCUUCAGUCUUCUCUUCAGCCUUCUCUUCAGCUGAGCUCUCGUCCGUCUCGAGUCCCCAUGUCAACGUCAUGCAUCAAUGCAACGGAACCCUAAUUUGCUGCAAGUAGGCGCACCAACGCCCCCACAGGCCACCUGCAUUCCAUGGGCUCCGCUAAGCGCUUCACCGCUUGCAAUGGUUGCAUCUUGGUUUCGUCAGAACCUGGAAAACUUUUCUUAGGAGGCAAUGUUAGUGUUGGCACAUGGUGAAGCCAGGCGGCGCCGAAGCGAUGCCAACCCUGAACUCUCAGACAAGGUCCUUUUACAUGCUACGCUGAGGCAGCUCUGCAAUCCCAGAAACGAGCUAUGUCAGAUGCUUCAGGACUUUCCCUGAGUUCAGAGCUGAUAGUUCUGGGGUCCGGCAGCAGCACCGGUGUUCCUACGCCUAGUUGUGUGCUGCGCCCCACCAACCCGCCAUGCUCCGUCUGCCAGAAGUCAUUGGCGCUACCACCUGAGAUCAACAAGAACUACAGGUGCAACCCGUCCUUGCUGAUCAGUCACUGCUCUCCCGACGGUCGCCGCAGCUACAUACAGAUCGAUGCAGGCAAGCACUUUCGAGAGAGCCUACUAAGGUGGUAUCCUCGCUACAACAUUCCAAAUAUUGAUGCGUUGAUAUUGACCCACGAGCAUGCGGACGCUGUCUUUGGUUUGGACGACAUCCGGGGCGUCCAAGCAUGGAGCACGCAAACUGAGGCACAGCCGCUGCCAGUCUACUUGUCCCAGCACAGCUUGGAUAGCCUGACCAAGCGCUUCGAUUACCUGGUGCAGAAGCCCCCGGCGGGGAGCUCGGUCAGGCGGGUAGCGCAGCUGGACUGGCGGGUGAUUGAAAGCUCGCAUGCACACACGUUUGAGGCUGGGGGCCUCACAUUCCGACCCCUCCCGGUGGAGCACGGGCGAGACUACACGUGUCUUGGGUUUCUUUUUGGGGUUGCGCAGCGCGUUGCGUACCUCUCCGAUGUCUCGAGAAUACCGCCGGACAUCGAAAAGCUCAUAUCCGUCGAGGGGAAUGGACCUGUCGACAUUCUUAUUCUGGACUCGUUGCUGAAGUAUCAUGAGCACAACACCCAUAUCUGCUUCCGGGAGAGCCUCCGCAUCAUCCGGCGAUUGCGGCCCCGAAAGGCGUACCUCAUCGGAAUGACGCACGAGUUCGACCACGAGGAGACGAACGCGGAGCUCGCAGAGUUGAAGGAAGAGGGAUUGGAUGUAGAGCUGUCCUAUGACGGCUUGCGGAUACCAGUCGAGCUUUGAUGCAGUUGCUUGCACUCCUUCCUUACCUGCUUUCGAGCUGCCAACAUCUAUUGGUGUACACGGACAGAGAACUCGACUUUCAGCCAGAAGCUUGCGGCUCCUAGUUGCGCCCCCCCCCUCCAAGGGUCUGGUAGCACUGUUCUUUGCAUCACGUCCAAUUAGUUAAUUAGUCAGCAGCAUGAUUCAUUCGCUUUGAUCGUCGUAAUUGUGCUUAACAUAUAUUCUAGUGCAAGCUUCCCAUUUGCAUGCCAGCAACACCAAUGCGUCGAAUAGCUUUCAGUGCAGAGAUACGUUCGAGUUACGGCAAAUGAACUUGCGACAGAGCUACCUUUGAAAGAUUUCCGCGCAGGUGAUCCCGGUAUCCUGCCUGAGAUGAAUUGCGGAAUGGUGUAUGUGCAAACGGCUAUAAUCAACAUAGAAACCUCG